UCUGUGAAUGUAAACAACAACCGGCGUUUUGCGCUAACGAGUUAGCGCAAUAUUUUAGUUUUUACAGACAGAAAUCACAGAACAUCAACCUCAACGAGAAUAAUGGGUCUACGCAAGGAUGAAGAACAUAUCAAAGAUAACAGAAACGCUUUGGGGUUGAUUGAGACACCGAUUAGCUUGGAGCCUUCAGUUAUGAAGACCGAGCCAAAGGGACUUUCUCCAAAGAAGAAUCUUCCCUCCAGCUCGUUCUCUAAUUCACCUCGGCGUAAGAAGAAGACGGGAGUCAGGCAAGCAAGGAGGAUUGAUAACAACAAUUUCUUGAAGACAUUGCUUGAUGAAGACUACCAAGUUGGAGAGCCAGAUAUCAGUGACUUUAUCUCCUCGCAUUCCAGUGCUUUUGAACAACUCUUCUUACAGGAGAAAAAUAUGGAGAUCUGGAGUGAGUUCAUGAAUCGAUCAGGAGAGGAACAGGAUCGUUUCCUACAGGAAGUAGAAGAAGGCAUGAUCCGGGUUGCCAAGAAAGCAUCCCUUGAUCAGGACAAGAAUGGUAACAGUUUUACCAAGCCAGAGGUCCCAGCUAAAGUAGAGGAGGCUCCAGUGGAGGUCCAGGACAAGAGAAGUGAGCAUCCAGCUCACUCACCCAAGGACUGCUUCAAUAGGAUCAGUACUCGUCUUCAAACCAUGCUCCGACGAAGGCACCUCCCAAAGGGAGCCAUUGAGCUCCAUGAAGAAGAACUCCUGAUGUGGUUUGCGGAGGAUCCUGGAUCAGUGUUCAUCUCCACGUUACAUAGUAGCUUUGAUCGGCUCCUUCUCCAUGCUGUUUGCCAGUACCUAGGCCUCAGCUCAGAAAGUUUUGACUGUGACGGACAACGGCAAACCCGUGUGGAGAACAACAACGAAUCGUUCCGUCCGCCUGCUGUUCUCCUCUCAAGCUACCUGGAUUCAUUGAGAUAAUGAAAAGCUUCUGAGGAAAAUCCACCACAGGGAUAGUCCAGGUAUAACCGCUUCCCACAUCAUUCUUCUUGUCUGCAAGCACACACAACCACACAUACAACACACAUAUUAUGUGAUACAAUCUUUAAAGGUGCUUCAUUACAUAAUCAUGAAAGAAUCAUGAUACAAAAUUAUCGAUUCACAAAGUCAAAUGUUUAGUGAUGUGAAUUCAUAGUAUCUUUAAAUUCGACAUUGUGAUUUUGAUAUUAUGAUAAUAGCAAUGAAAAUAACAAUUUUAGGGUCUUCAUGUAGUCUUAACAAUCAGAAUACGUAAGUAAAAUGGUGCAUUCUGGGAAUGAGACCAAGAUCCAAUUGGGUAGUUUGGACUUAAGUUGAUACUAUUCAAAGCAGAUUUGUCACUUUGCAUUUAAAUUUGAAAUGCAUACAUGUAUUGUAAAACAGGACAGGUUAUGAUAGGAGAGAUUGUUAUGGGGGGAAAAUAUGCCAAAAGUCACAUCAGUGGAUCUAACUCCAAAUGAAUGGAUGGCAUAUCAUUGGAAAUAGCAUAGUAGAUCUUGGGCCCGUAACACAAAGCUUAGCAAUUAUCGUAGAACAUUUUUCUACGAUCGACUCCAUUGACUACAAUGUACAAUCAAUCGUGAAAAUCAAGUGUACAAUUAAUUGCUAACCUUUGUGAUACUGGACCCUGGUCAGUCUGGGGUUGGUUUCACAGAUGUAAGUUGGGCAAUAUUUGGUCCAUUGGAAGACUGUUGAUAUUACGUAUAGGUACAUGUAGUCAUAAUCAUUGAAUUCUGUCUUCAUAAUGGCAUACAGAUAUAUAUGUGUAGUGAAAUAGAGCUCUUCGAUCAUGUUAGCAUACAGUGGCGGAUCCAGGAUUUCAAAAUAGAGGGGGUGCAAAGAGCAACUUUGAUAUUAGAGGUAGCGACAAAGACAAUUUUAUUGGAGCUAUAGAUAAAGGUUCAUUCAAUGAGUGAUUAACAAAAAUAUAAAGGGGUGCACCCCACUCCCCUGGCCUGGAUCCGCUACUGUCUUUUAGGCAAAUAUUCUUUGUAAGAAUCACUGUCAAAUAUAUCAUUUCUCUCGAAAAAAUAAUAGGAAUAACUGCGCAUGACAUCGCUGUAUCGUAAACGACUACCUUGCACAUUGUUACUCUUUCUAAGUGAAUAGCUGUAGUAUGUGUGUAUGUAUUAUGUACCAUGUACAAGUUUAAGGUAUAUUUAACUAUUAGC